UUUAUCACUCACUUCACUUUCUUUUCCUCUUCAAACUCCAAACUUUCCUACUCAUCUUCAACUUCAAAACCACCAUUACCUCUUCAUCACUCCCACUAUCUCCCACCACUUCUCUCUCUUUCUCUCUCUCAUUCGGUCUCCAUGGCGACAGCUGCGUGUUCAAUGGACUUAUCUCGAGAAGCCUCCUGCCGCGACGGCGCAGCAGCAUCACAGCUAAAACUAAUCUCCCUCUUCGUCAUCUUCAUCACCAGCGCCAUCGGCAUGUCAGCCCCCGUCCUCCUCGCCCGUAUUUUCCGGGGAAAACCGUUAUACGACAGAGCGUUAGUUUUAAUAAAAUGCUUCGCGGCGGGAGUGAUCCUCUCCACCUCCCUAGUCCACGUCCUCCCCGACGCGUACGCCGCACUCGCGGACUGCCACGUGGCCUCCCGUCAUCCAUGGAAGGAUUUCCCGUUCUCAGGGCUCGUGACUCUCAUCGGUGCUAUUCUCGCACUGUUCGUCGACCUCGUAGCGAGCUCCCACGUCGGACACGCGGAGUACGCGCCGAUCGGAGCGGGUGAGAAAGAGUUGAGAGGUGUUGAUGAAGAAGGUGGAAGUGAAAGAGGGGAAGAGUUGGUUAGGCUGAAGCAGAGAUUGGUAUCGCAAGUAUUGGAGAUAGGGAUAAUAUUUCAUUCGGUGAUAAUUGGGGUGACGAUGGGAAUGUCGCAGAAUGUUUGUACUAUAAGGCCUUUGGUUGCGGCUUUGGCUUUUCAUCAGAUUUUUGAAGGGAUGGGUCUUGGUGGCUGUGUUGCUCAGGCAGGGUUUAGCUAUGGAACAGUGGCGUACAUGUGUUUCAUGUUCUCAGUAACAACUCCAUUGGGGAUAAUUUUAGGGAUGAUACUAUUCUCAUUGACAGGCUAUGAUGAUAGUAACCCAAAUGCAUUAAUCAUGGAAGGCUUACUAGGUUCAAUUUCAUCUGGAAUUCUUAUUUACAUGGCUCUUGUUGAUCUUAUAGCAGCUGAUUUCUUUCACAACAAGCUUAUGAACUCUGAUCCACGCUUGAAAAAAGCUUCUUUUGUUGCCUUAACAAUGGGUUCUGCUUCUAUGUCUAUUCUAGCCCUUUGGGCUUGAACAUUUUUUUGUACUUUAAUUGUGCUUAAAUGUGUUUGUUAUCCAUAAAAAUUGGUAAUUGAACGGAUCACCAAUAUUGGGAAAAGGAAAGCAAAAUGAAAUGUGAUGUGAGAGUUCUGUUUUAGACAAA